AUGGCCGUAGUGUGUGGUUACGGGCCGAUGAAUCCGCAGCCGUGGAUGAUGGCGGAUCAGAACUGCAGAGCCCCUCCCGGCCGAAUCGGCGUGAAAAGCGUGGUGAAGAUGGACACGAAUCUUGGCCCCGGCCAGGUGGUGUCGGACCGAGUGUUCAUGCCCCAGGACCUGGGUCAGUUUGGCAGUGAAGUGUGUCGGAAUCCGAGCUGCAAGUGCCAGGUGCUCAAGUCCAAAUCGUACGGCUACGUGCGCCACGUGCGUCGCAUGCACGGUCUUCCCACGCAGCUUUCGCGUCGCAUGUGCGAGUACGGCAACAUCCACGUGGACUCGCGGUUUCUCAAGCCCCUUUCGGUCGACACUGGCACCGAGUACGAGUUGCCCAAGCACUUGUACCCGCCGAUGCGCAGUGAUCCCAUCCUCAUGAUCCAUCCGAGUUACAAGCGUUACUUGGGCAUCAAGCAAUGCUUCCCGGCCCCGUGCACUCACAAAACGUUCAUUCCCUCGUGCGCGGACUUGGGCAUCCCGGUGUCGCAGCCGCAGUUGUUCAAGCAGCCCAGUGUGCCGACCGCGUCCAAACGGGCCAAGCAGGACUUCCCGUUGACGCAACAGUACCAGCCUGUGUACUCGCAGGCCCCGCCGCCGCCGUACUGGGCGUCCAUCAAAGAGAAUGGCGGCGGCAUGCAGCCGUUCUAUGCCCAGGCCUCGACGUCUGUGGCGUCUUUGGACCAACUGAAUGCGCGUGACAUGAUGUUCCAGCAGUCGCAGGCUGAGGCCACGACGGCGAUGAUGAAGAUGCCGACGAGUUGCUACUCGUCGACGCAGAGUCUGGAUUACGGCGGCGGGAUGACGUCGGCGACGUCGACGGCCGAAUCGGCGAUGCAAAACACCAGGCGGAUGCCAAAGUCAGGCAAAACGAGGGCCAUGAGAUUCCACUCGUUCCACGGAGAUCGGGAGUCGUAAAUGCUUAAGGUGAUGAUGGAUCGCCGCUGCGAUGCGUGUGAAUUCAGUGUCUUGGUUUAAAAAAAAGGCAGUCCUUUCGUGGUGGGUCAUUCGAGUUAUCGGUUUAAUUUAUGUGUAGGCGAUGUCGUCGUCGUCGUCGGCGGUUUUUUUUCCUGUUUGAAAACGCGCACCUGAGUGCGAUGAGAAAUUGCUUGUUCUGGAAGUGGUUCGGUUUUGCCAUGAGGGUCAGAUUUUUUACUCGUCAUGUUGAAUCAUGUCCUGAUGUUUUUCCAUACUUUUGUAUCAUGUGAAAGCCUUCGGUGGAUGUGGGGGGGACUUUUUGAACCGGGUUCAACGAAGAGGGGAAGAGUCUUUUUGCAGUCGCGACCACGCUAUAUUUCGAGAAGUGUGUUCUGUUUCCCCCGACGCGCUGGAGCGUUUUAUGUUCUCGAGAUGCCCAGUCGGUGUGUCAGACAAUUCCGAGAUGAAAUUUUCGUGCGAGUGAUGACGACGUGUCCUCUUCUGUGGUGAAUUUGAGGGUUUCGAAGUGCCUAGUCCUGGGUUCGAUCGGUGGUUGAUUAUAGGCUGUAUGAUGCACUUACGUUGUGUGCAUCUCUCUCUCUCGUCUUCACGAAGACGAAGAAAAAAGCUCGAUUCCGUGGCUCGCAAAGAAUUCUUUUUUCCCUAUGCCAUGAGUUCGAUUCCAGUAAGCUCUUAAGAGGUCAGGAUUUACUGAAUAAUGAUGAAAAAAAUACAGCUAGGAAGUACCUUUUUUUUUCGAAUGUGUAACUGUUUCUUUCGAGUAUUUUUUAGUGUACGGAAAGUGAAAUCGAUAGCUAAAUCUGUUGCGAGAUUUAUGGAUUUCAUCGCAAGUUCUGGAAGAUUAAUGUUUUUCGUGGAAAUUGUGGCGUAAAUAGGAUAGAGGGGCCUUUUGUGGCCGUGAUUCGAUCGUCUUGGCGAUGCUUCAACUGAAUUUAAAUGAAUUUCGAACGAACUCCUGAUGUGGAAAAGAGCACUUCGAGUUUUUGGCGAACGCCCUGCGAUUUAGCCACAGAAAUGAGAGGACGUGUUGUUCUGUAGAUUUGCAUACGAGGAAAGGGUAACUGUGAUUUUUGGGCUUCUCUCUGGUGUUCUUUUCAUGUUCUUGGUCGCGAAGACGGAAGAAAAGACAGAGGUAAAAGAAUAAUUUUGGGCAUCUCGAUUACGUGUAAUAUUUUUGGGUAUCUCGCCUGAGGGAUUUUCGUAGCCGCGUCGAGUUCGGGGUCGAGCGUCCGUCUGCGCUCGUAUUUUUGACUCUUUCGGAAAAGGGUGUGACACCGGCAAAGUCAAAUUUUUGUUUCUAUCCCCGAACCUAGAAAAAAAGGGGCGAAUACGCUUAUGACCGUAUUUUGAUACACUUCCCCACUGUGAGUUACUGGAAGCUGCGCUGAUGUGCGACUGGCGGCGUUGCGCCAUAAUUUUUUCUCUCACUGAGGCUGCGAUUACUGUACUGAACUGUUCUAUCCUUUCUGUCUUCUUCUCAUGAAAAGCUUGCGAAUUUCCUCGUUUCCGCAGACCGUUCACCUCUUCUUCUCCAUGGAGCGAUCGAGAGUUCAUAAGGUGUGUUAAGAUUUUGCUUUAAGUGCGUUCACCUCUCAGUGAAUGACGUUCUGCUGGAGUAGUUUACUGUGAUGAAGAAGAAAUGUAAGUCGUGGUCAUCCAUGGGGGUGGGGUUCUCGUGGGUAAUCGCACUUGAGUAAAUUUUUUUUUUGGGGGGGUUGCAUGUCGGUGCAGCGCCCGGUCUUUUUCUUGGCUCGCAGCCUCGGCGCGAAUGAUGAUGUUGUCGUCGCUGAGAAGGCCUGAGCCGGCUAGGAGAAUGUGAUAAUUCUUAGAUCUCAGGUGCGUUUUUAUUUCCCCUUUUCGUUGAUGCUGAUGGCGACCGACCCGUCGUUUUUGGGGGCGAAAUAAAAUUUUCUGUUGUGAUCGGAAUCGGAGAAAAAACAAACA